GCAGGUGUGCCGUAGGCUUUCAUUAACUGCAUGGGCAAAUCCUGGAUUUAAGAGUUCCUAGAAAACCUUUUUAAGGAACUCAACUUGUUUCACAUUAAGGAGUCUUUAACUAUACGAAAGAAAAGAAAAAUAAUAAAAGGUUUACUUUUUUAAGUAUCUGGUGUUUGAGAAGUCCAAUAUAUCGCUAGAGAAACUACUAAUACAGGAUGAAAUGAAGAGGUCACGAUUUUACAGUUAUCUGAACUUAUUAAUAUUGAUACAAGUUGCUAUGUCAGGGGUGCCAGGAAUUAAACUCAAGGCAGCCCAUUAUUACUACGAUGGACAAAAAGAGUAUCCAGAAUAUGACAGUGUGGUUGGACGUAAAAUAACGUUACCUUGUAAUAUCACGCCUCCAUCCCAAGACGAUCGUGUAUCACUUGUGUUGUGGUAUCAUGGGACGUCCGAAAACCCUCUGUACAGUGUAGAUGCAAGAAACGAGCCUGUAGCACAAGCAAAGCGUGUUGUUCAUGAUGAGUAUGCCUCUCGAGCUACCUUGAAUAUCACCAUAAGAACAAUUUAUCUUAUCAUAGAGCCAGUAACGGAAGAAGAUGCUGGAGAAUACAGAUGUAGGGUGGAUUACCAAAUAGGACGUACUACUCACCGAAAGCUGAAGGUUAAUAUUAUUGUGCCUCCUAAAGAAAUAUACGUCCGACAUGGCGAUCAAAUAUUUAAUGAUGGCAGCGUAGGUCCGAUUGAAGAGGAUAGUUUUCUAAACCUGACAUGUGAAGCUACAGGAGGGAAACCUCCGCCUUCUGUUAUUUGGUGGCAUGGAUCUACUUUGCUUGACGAUACUUACUGGAAAGUUUCGGAAGAGAUUGUUGCGAAUACAUUAGUCAUCCCUUACGUACACAGAAACUACUCUUUUAGGGCAUUUACGUGCAACGCUUCCAAUACAGAUUCAAUCAUCCCAGCAUCUGUAACCGUGGAACUUGACUUAGUUUUGAAGCCUCAGAUUGUUCGGAUUUCAGCACCAAAAAAUCCUCUUGUUUCUGGAAGUGCAGCUGAGAUUAUGUGCCAGACUAACGGCUCAUUUCCACUAGCAGAAGUAACUUGGUGGAUGGAAGGAAAAAAGAUGAAACAGUACAAUAAGCCUCUGACAGACAGCACAAGAAUAACGACUAGUUACAUUACCAUCACCCCAAAAAUUGGUGAUAAUGGAAAAACACUCGUUUGCCAGGCAAAAAAUCCUCGUUUGCCAGAAAGUACCUUAGAAGAUUCGUGGAAGCUCGAUGUGCAAUAUGAACCUCUUCUGUCCUUGACGUUGCGUACUAGUGAUAAAAAUAAUGUAAUUCAAGAAGGAACAGAUGUUUACCUCGAGUGUAAUAUAAACGCUAACCCUCAAUUUCGGGAGUUGUUGUGGAAAUUCAACGGGAAGAUAUUAAUUUCAAAUCCAGUGAAUGGUAUCGUAAUCCAAGGACCAUCUCUCAUUCUGAGAAAUGUGACACGAGCGCAAGACGGCAUUUAUCACUGCGUAGCUGAUAAUGUGAUUGGAAAAGGGCAGAGCAACGAUAUUCAUAUGGCCGUUUCGUUUGCUCCUGUUUGUGAAACACGUCAGAAGACAAUUUAUAUAGUGGGAAGACAAGAAAAAGUUAGAAUAUAUUGUGAAGUCACUGCCAAGCCUACAGAUGUCGUGUUUAGAUGGACAUUUAACACCUCAAGUGAGACCGUAGAUGCCGAUUCAGUCAACAGUACUGGAACAACCAGUUUUGCUGUUUUUUCCCCUAAAUGUAAAUAUGAUUAUGGUAUCGUUUAUUGUUGGGGAGAAAACAUCAUCGGCAUUCAAAAAGAGCCAUGUGUUUUUAAUAUUCUACCAGCAGCCAGGCCUGACCCAGUUGCAAAUUGCAGCGUGGAAAAUCAGACACAGAAAUCUUUUACAGUUGAAUGUACAGCAGGAGACGACGGUGGACUUACUCAGCAUUUUCACCUUGUAGCUUACAACAGAAAAAGCAACGAAUUACUAGUGAAUCACACAAGCUUAGAUCUACCGAUUUUCAAGAUAAAUGGCCUUCCUCCCGGAAGUCCCUUGAGAAUCUUUAUCUACGCGUCGAAUGCUCAAGGAAAUAGCAUUUCACUUGUGCUAGAGACGAGAACUCUUCUAUCAGCAGAAAAGCACACAGGUAAUCUUCCUCCAGCUCUCUUCAGUCCCCUACUAGCCAUUUUACUUGGAUUAAUUUUGGUAUUAGUUAUCCUUGCUGUUAUUGUUCUAUUUACCAUAAAGCAGAGAAGGACUAGGAUGCAACAAGGAGUAACACUAGGUUCAAGUAAUGGCCCAAAGUCUAACGAUCAUUUGAAAACCAUUGUUGACCAGACUGAGACUGAAGAAAAGUGUCCUGAUUUGAUUCCCUUCAGAAGUACAAUCGCAAGCACUGAAUUUGAUGAUACUUUUAUGAGUCCAUCGGUUAUUAUGACAGACAUGGGAACCCAUCAGAUUUACGAGAACCUUAAAAUUAUCGGUAAACAAACCUAUGGAUAUACGAAAACUCAUCAAGAAUUUAUACCUCAUACGCAGGAAAAACUCGUGUACAAUGAACUGGCCUUUCCCGAAAGUAAAGCACACGUGCUGAAGAGAAGUAAUCAAACAGAAUACGUGCACGUUGACCGUCUGGGAAACAGCAGUCUUCGAUCCUGUCCAGGCUUUGAGAAUGCGGAAGAGUUAGAUGGCUACUCUGUGGAGACGCCAUUAAUGAAAAGUCUUAAAAACGAAAGAAGGUGGGAAAAAACGGAACGGAAGAGAUCUGUUAUUUCAACGGCCGUCUAAUAAAGUCAUAUUCUAGGAUAUCAACCAUGGAAACUAUUGAAAAAAAGAAGAUUUGGAAAUUUCCUGUGAACUAUUAAAGAACCGCAGUCGAAGUACAUCGUUCUGGAAGUGAUUUCACUUAAGUGAAAUCAGUAAACACGUUAUUUCUCUCUCUCUCUCUUUAUAUCUCUCUUUUUUUAAGCUGCAAAAUUAAAAUUUUAAUGCCUUUGA